GGCUAGUGACUAUUUGCAUAUGAGCAAAGAUACUUUUAUCAAAGAAUCAACAGUUGCAGCCAUGAUUGAAUUAGCUUCAGUCCGAACAAUUUAGCUCCUUAGCUGUAUUUCCUGCCCCCUUUGGCCCUCUUCAAAAGAGGAGAGAAGAAGAAACAGAUAUUCUAGCACGGUAAAACUAUGACUGAAUUUGGCUCUGAAAGAUCAAAGCCAUGGAACAUAUACACAAGUUCAGACCCAAGCCCAUCUCAAACUGGAGGGAAUCAGGAAGCUUCAUGGAAAAGCUUUGGAACAUCCAUGAAUGCCAUUUCUUUUGGUUUUGUUGCCACUGCUAUCUUGAUAUCAAUGUUUCUUAUCAUGGCCAUUUUUGAACAUCUGUUCAGGCCAGGUCCUUUUUCUUCACCUGAAAGUCUGGCCGACGACUCUCCUGAAUCCAGACCUGUAGAGAAACUUCGCAAAGAAAGAGUUUCUGCAUCGUAUGCAUCUGACUUCUCAGUGUUGAUGCCAGGACAGCAUUGUCCCACCUACAUUGCACAACCUGCUCCUCUCCCUUGCACAAGGGAAGGGAUUUAUUGGCCUCCCCAUGAACAUAAUUUUGUACAUCCUUAGUAUAUAUUAUACCUGACCUGCGCUGAAGUGAAGCAUCACAAAGUUCCAAUGUAUAUUUACAACUUUAAUCAAUUCCUUGAUCAUCUAAGUUGAGAUGUUAUUAUA